GCUGAGGUGGCGCACGCGCGCGGGCCGUGGCCGUGGGUGCUGCUGUGGUUAAUGGCGGGGGGGGAGGCUCCAGCCCCGCGGGAUGCUGGCGCUGAGGCGGCUGCACGAAGCGGUCGUGGGGCUGCUGCUGUGGCGGGGGGCGGCAGCGCCUCGUCCCGCCGCCUCGGAGGUGCUGAGCCAGCACCUGCGGCAGCGCGGCCUGCCCCACUGGACCUCGUACUGUGUCAAGUACAGCGCCGUCCGCAACGACCAGUUCGGCCUCUCCAACUUCAACUGGCGGGUGAACGGCGCCAACUACCACAUUCUGCGCACCGGCUGCUUCCCCUUCAUCAAGUACCACUGCUCCCGCGCCGCCCCGCAGGACCUGGCCAUGCACAAUGCCGCCUUCACCGCCCUCAAGGUCCUCAAUGCCGGCAUCCCGACUUUACUGUAUGGAAUUGGCUCCUGGCUCUUUGUCAGUGUCACAGAGACUGUUCAUACAAGUCAUGGCCCAGUUACUAUUUAUUUUCUAAAUAAAGAAGAUGAAGGCGCAAUGUACUGAAAUCACACCUUCAAGUACCUGUCCUCUGGUGGGUUUCUGUGUUAGAGCUGCUACAAAUAUCUGUUCCCUUUGACUAAAGACAACUGAAGGCAACUGUUUGUUUUUUUUACAGUGGAUUUCUUGACUUAACAUCCUGCCUUCAGGAAGCUGCAUGGACUUCUUGGUCAGAAGAGAUUUAUUUUUGCAGAGGUUAGUAAAGCUGAAAAAGUAGAAGCCUUGGUAGAAGAAUUAAUAUUUCUAAGGGUGUUAGAAUUUAUGGAAGUCAAUGACUAGUGCUGCUGAACAAAUUGUGCUAAUUUAAAGCAAUACACCUACCAACUUAGAGAACUGAAAUGUAGCAUGUGGGAAGGAAACUGUGAAUACAUUAGGCCUUUUCAGAAUUACUCUGAAAAGAUGAAGCUGCUCAGGUUUAGACUCUUGACUGGAUGUUUCAUGAUGCAUUAAUUGUCAUAGCUGCAAGUGUCUGGAUGAAACCAUUGCACUUACUAGUCACAGUUGCCUGGAAGACUCUGGAAAAUUACCACCCAAAGAAGUUACAAAUGGCUGUAUCAUACUUCUUCAAGUAAUAUUUAAAUAAAAUAUCUAAAAUAUG